UAUGUAAAAAUGGUAGUAGAUUGAAUUUUUCAAAAGUCUCGCUUUGAUUUUCUGUGAAUACGCCGUUUAUGAAAUUUCAGAUAAAAUAUGUCACAUUAAUAAUUCGUUCUAAUACACUUUUAUAAUAGGAAGAAUAAAGCAGGACAUUUUCAGAUCUGUUCUGGUGAAAGAACCAGUAAGCAAAAUGUCCUGUGCAGCCGAAAUGGGAGCCAUCUCAAAACCAAAAUCUAUGAGCCGUGCCAAGCAGUGGACUGAUGAGGUGGAAAAUCUGUACAGAUUUCAGCAGGCUGGAUACAGAGACGAAUUUGAAUACAAACAAGUCAAGCAAGUUGAUUUGAUCGAUCGAUGGCCUGAAACUGGGUUUGUGAAGAAACUGCAGCGACGAGAUAACACUUUCUACUACUACAACAGAAAGCGAGAGUGUGAAGACAAAGAAGUGCAUAAAGUUAAAGUAUAUGCUUACUAACUAUUGUCAUUUGAGCAAUCGUGGUGUUCAUUAUUGAAUUACAUUUUUUAAAGAUAUGGACAGUUUUGGAAGCAACUGCAUGAAUAUGAAAAUUAAAUCCAAUUAUAUGAAAUCCUACAUUCUUACAAACUAGAUAUACUGUACUAAAACCAAACAAGAAAUUUGUUGAAAUACGUAGAGUGUUAAAUUCAAUAAUAAAUAAUAAUAAAACAUAAAACUAAACUUUUAUCAUUUAACAUGUUUAAUAUAUUCAUAUAGGGCAAAAGUGUUGAAGCUUCCUGAAAAAAAGUGCUGACACUGAAUGUUAUACAGAAAUCAGUAAAUGUAUUGUCUUGAAAAAUGUAGCUUUAUUAUUUAUAAGGUUACAUUAAUAAAAAUAGUUUAAACACAAUACUGUUGGAAUACAAAUAUAAUAUAUGCUGCUGCAGUGCUGUGGAUUUCUUUCUAUUGUAAAUGGUGUUUUAAAACACCACUUGUACUUUUACCUUGUAAUUCUCAUUCAUACAGGAAAAGAGGCAAAUGCAAAAUGUUGAAGUCACUGGACCUCCAGAAAGAAUAUACUGUCUCUUUGUCUUUGCUCCUAUAAACAGUCAUCGCAUUCAUAACACUGACGUACAGUAGCCGUGAAUUCCAUAUAUAGCUAUGUUACAUGCAAUUAGUUUUCGUAGAUCAUCAAGAUAAGGUGUAACAUUUGAAAUACAUCAGAAUUUAGUCUGAAGUUAGGCAUGUACUGUAUGAAUUUUGUCAGCAUAUUACUCAGCUACAGGUCUGAGAGGAAGUUUAAAGGGACUGGCUGGUGCUUUAAAAAGCAACAUUUGCAUGUUCA